AUGACUGAUUCGUCGUCUUUGCAGUCAACAGUGUCGUCAAUGUUCGGUUUCUCCUCCAAUGAGCCACUCCUUUUGUCGUUGAUCAGAAAGGCUCUAUCUACGCUAUUCUUUCCUGCUAUCUCAUCGGGGAGUGCCCCCUUAGAUUCGCGGCCUUCGAAUAAUACCACGACAGUAUACAAGCAGCGACAUCCCUCGUGGCUGUCCGAUGUCAAAUUUUUGAACUCCUUGACACCGUCUCCCACAAUAAACAACAUCGUUAUCGACACUCUGGAAGGGCAACUCAUCACAUUGCUCGUCGUUAUAUCGUUCAUUCUUGUUUUCCUGAUUCGUGAAUGGGUGGUUCAGCAGCAACCGAUGGCGAAUAUCGCUGACGGUGAACGUGAAGCAGCCGUGCAAUUAAUAGCGAAUAACCGUCCAAACCGAGAUGCCGAUGCACCCGCACCUGAACCUCGGGUUCAUUUACAACGUGAGGAUGUACUAGAUGAGGCAGUGCCUAAUGAGCGUGUUGAAGAAGAUAUCCCUAACCAUAUGGAUGAUGAGAACGAAGAUUCUUUCUCCCGGCCUACCACAGCAUCCCGCAGGGUCCCCCUGAUGGGAACUGAAAGACCAUUCCACAGCCCUUUAGAGGAUCACCAUGCCUCAUCCGGCUUUGAGAACGAUAGCGAAAAUGGGAAUGAAUUAGGACAUGUUAUCAAUGAUUUCGCCAGAGAAUCAUCAGCCACUCAUCCCAAUAGCAGAAGCUGGGUUGACGUUGAGACUCUAAGGGAUCUCUGGACACGUGCAAACGGUGAUCCGGAGCAGGUUCUCAGGAUUAUAAGGGAAGAAGACCGCGAAAACGAGCUUAGUUGGGUUGUUGCAGCAAUGACAAGACUUCGACAAAAUGAUACCCCUCGGUUUUCUGAACCUCCAUCCAGUUUUCAUCGGCCUAGGGAUGGCUCACUAGAAGCAAACAGGAACGCGUUCACAGAAUCCUUCCAGGCAUAUUCUUCAAACCAUAUUGAUGCUUCGACUUCAGAGCCGCGAGCUUGGAAUGCAGACAUGGCUCCUGGUGUCAAUCUUGAUCCGGGCUCGGACACAUCCCCACAUGAUUUCAGGUUUGACUUUCCUGGGUCAGAUGGCGGAUUAGAUGCGAACACCCAUGGCCCUGAUGAGGAGGAACCAAAUCAUAGCAGCUUCAGUGAUAGCUCAGCUAGUAAUCCUGAAGCUCCAGGGCCAAUUGAAUCUCCAGCUCAGGACCGAGGAAAUUCCACACCCACAACCCCAGAUUCGCCGGCUGACAUGGCCGCUAUCGUACCUCCUAGGAGUCUCGCUGCCAAUAUGUUCGAGUGGUUCUGGGCGGAUCUCACCCCUGGUGAGCACGGUCAGGACCAGCUGCAACAAGAUGAUGAGCAAGCAGUUGAAGAUCCCGCAUUGGAGGCACCAUUCGUGCCGGUUCAGAACAAUAGACGUCUUCCCGACGGUAUACAGCAGAAUCAGGGAAUUGCUGCAGACCCGGGCAUGGAUGCCAAUGAUAUAGACGCAGUCGAAGAAGGCGACGAUCUGGAAGGCAUUCUUGAACUGAUUGGUAUGCAGGGUCCUAUCUUUGGCCUCCUACAGAAUGGCGUGUUCAGUGCGCUUUUGAUCUCGUUCACGGUAGCCAUUGGAGUUUGGCUUCCGUAUCUGUGGGGCAAAAUUGCCCUCGUCCUUCUUGCGAACCCGAUACAACUUAUAUUCGGUGUGCCUGUGGCCGCGAUAUCAGUCAUCGCCGACGUCACUCUUGACACUCUUAUUGGUAGCUUGGGUUACCUCAUGUAUGCAGUCAGCCUUAUCUGCAAAGUGCUGCUUGGACCCCUGAGCGCUGUGGUCCCGUUAGGCGACUGGGUCCCUCAAACCAAGUUUAUAACUAGCACCUCAUUGUCGCUUAUUGAUGCCAGCAGCCAACGUCUGAAGAACGUAGCCAGUGCGUUUUUAGUCUUUCACGAAGCGGAUGUUCCAAUGUUUUCCGUGCUGUCUCAUCAAGCAUUGAAGAUCCACCAAGCUCGCAUCACCGGCCUAUGCCAGUCACUCUUCACUGUCCUGAAAUUUGUCUCAUAUGACUUCCCGUUGCGGCUUAUGGCAAAGGGGUCAAUGGGUGCACUGUCCCUUGGACAAGCCAGCAUGAAUCUGGGCGACGUUUUCAGUCAGGUCCGACACCAGUUAUACAGCCUUGCUGGUCGCUCUUUCUUCUCUGCAACAAGCACGAACUGGCUGAAUUCAACAGCCACAGGAGAAACCGCAUUCAAUUUGACAGUUGACCAAGACUUGGCGGUAUGGGAUACGAAAGAUCGCAUUAUUGCCAUUGUUAUGGGUUAUAUUCUCGCCUCCACUUUGGGUCUUCUCUACCUUCGUAUUACCGGCCUUUUCUCCGGGGUCAAUCGUGGGCAGCGGGUCGAGGGCAUCAUUGCAGAAGUACUGCUUCAAGCUGGUGGGGUCAUGAAAGUCAUUCUCAUCAUCGGGAUUGAGAUGAUAGUGUUUCCACUAUACUGUGGCACUCUUCUUGAUGUUGCUCUUUUACCAGUGUUCAAAGAUGCUACCAUUACCUCACGGCUCCAGUUCACAUCCACCUCUCCCUUGACCUCCCUCUUUGUGCACUGGUUCAUAGGCACUUGCUAUAUGUUCCAUUUUGCGCUCUUUGUUUCAAUGUGCAGAAAGAUCAUGCGGAGUGGUGUUCUCUACUUUAUCCGCGAUCCUGAUGAUCCAACCUUCCACCCAGUUCGUGAUGUUCUUGAACGUAACAUUACCACUCAGCUUCGAAAGAUAGCUUUCAGUGCCCUUGUAUAUGGCGCACUGGUCAUUGUUUGCCUUGGUGGAGUGGUUUGGGGUCUAUACUAUGCCUUUGACGGCGUGCUGCCCAUUCAGUGGUCUGCGUCGAUUCCCGUUCUCGAAUUCCCUGCCGAUUUGUUGUUCUACAAUUUUAUCAUGCCGCUCGCUAUCCGGUCUCUCAAACCCUCGGAUGGGCUACAUAAUCUUUACGACUGGUGGUUCCACAAAUGCGCGCGUUACCUACGGUUGACCAACUUUUUCUUUGGCGACAGGCAACUCGAUGAGGAAGGCUACCACGUGAGAAAUACUUGGUUUGGUGUCCUCACGGGAAAGAAAGGCGACACGGACAAGCCCGUGGUUGAUGAAGAAGAGCGACACACCGCUGAGAACCAGCAGCUUGAUGCCUACUUCGUUAAGGAUGGCAGAUUUGUCCGUGCUCCGGCUUCGGAUCAAGUGCGCAUUCCCAAGGGCAACCAAGUAUUUCUAGAGGUCACUGAGAAUAACGAGCGGGUCGAUGGCGCUCCCGAUGCAGACGAGGGGCUACACGGUCGUACCAAUGAUAUGUUCACCAAGGUGUACGUACCACCCUCGUUCCGGAGCAGGAUUGCGGCAUUCAUCAUCUUGAUCUGGGUCUUCGCCGCCACGACGGGUGUAGGCACCACCAUUAUUCCCCUAGUCAUUGGCCGUAAAGUGAUGUCGUCGUGCUUCCCUAACCGACCAUUGAACGACGUCUACGCAUUUUCUAUGGGUAUUUGCACCGUUGGCACUGUUGCCUAUUUGACUUUGUAUUGCCGUGCUUGCUUCACUUUCGUGAAAGACCGUCUCGGCCCGUAUAUCCGAUCACCUCGCCAAGCUCUCUUGGGGUUUUCAAAUGGGGCACUUGACGUUAUGCGGCUGGUCUACAUCUUCCUCGCAUUCUCUGUUGUGCUGCCGUCCCUAUUUGCUCUGGUCAUGGAGCUUUACGUGCUAAUUCCAGUGCAUACGUACUUGGGUGCAGCACAAGCGCACGUCAUCCACUUCGUGCAAGAUUGGACGUUGGGAGUGCUCUAUGUUCAAAUGGCCAUCAAGUUUGCUCUGUGGCAUUCCACCUCUCGUCCUGCAGCCGCCCUCAACGGUGUGUUCCGAGAUGGAUGGUUGAAACCCAAUGUUCGUCUGGCCACACGAGCAAUACUGCUUCCCGUCACGCUCUUAGUGACAGUGGCAGUGGCCCUUCCACUUUCCUUCGGAUUUGCAUUGAAUUCGACUGUCUACCGGGUUACCCCUGAUAUCCAAGCAAAGGUCUAUCGCUAUGCGUUCCCUGCGACUUUACUCAUGAGCUUCGUCGGAUGGCUCGGUUAUCUAGUCCGACGACAGGUGGACAUUUGGCGAGUGAACAUUCGUGAUGAUGUGUACUUGAUUGGAGAGCGUCUCCACAACUUUCGAGAAAAGCGCGCCAAAGAAGUUGGCGUGUCUCGACGAGUGAUCACCGGGUGA